GGCGGCGAGACGUGGUGGCGCAGGUCGCGUGACGCGCGUGUUGACGGGUGUUUGGUGCUGCCUAAUCGGGGCACGCGCCGCAGCGGGCGGGUGGCCGCCGACGCCGACGACGACGACGCCUCCUCCGACACCGCCCAGGCGGCCUUCUUGCUCUCCCCCGCCAUGCCCGACGCCUACGUCCUCCACAGAGUCAUCCGCCGCGUCGCCGCCUGGGCUGUCGUCGCCUUCUUCACCGAGAUCCACAUCAUCGGGACCGAGAACGUGCCCCGCGAUGGCCCCAUCAUCGUCACGGCCACCCACCACAACAUGAUGAUAGACCCCGCCGUGCUCGCGACCAUGUUUCCCUACCAGCGCAUAUUGCACUUCUGGGCCAAGGCGUCGCUCUUCGCGAACCCCGUCGCGAGCUACGUCCUCACCUCCGCAGGCAACAUCCCGGUCGACCGCAAGGCCAAGGACCGCCGCCAGCUCUUCGGCGGCACCUUCAGCACCCUCGCCCGCGGCGAGGCCGUCGCCGUCUUCCCCGAGGGCACCUCCUACACCGAGCCCCGCAUCGUCCAGGUCAAGGACGGCGCCGCCUGGGCCGCCCUCGAGUACGCAAAGUGGGCCCACGAGAACUCCCACAAGGUCGCCCCCGGCGCCGACCGCGCGCGCAUCGUCACCGCCGCAAUCGUGUACACCAACAAGACAAAGUACCGCAGCAAUGCCAUCGUGGAGUACGGUCCGCCGAUCGACACGGACCCAUACUUGGACCAGUUCCUGUCCGACGAGGAAGGCGCGCCCCGCGCGGCCGUCAAGCGCCUCACCGCAGCCCUGGAGCAGCAGCUCGUCGAAGCAACCGUCAACGCCCCUGACUGGGACACGCUCUAUGCCGCGCGAAUGGCGAGGGACCUGCUCUGGGAGGACGAGAAGGCCAUAAGCUUGGAUGAGUUCGUCCCCGUCUCACAGACCCUCGUCGACCUCUUCUGCACCCCAGACCUCGUCCCCAACCUCACAGCGAUCAGGCGGCACCUGCUUACGUACUACUCCCUCCUCCAGUCUACCAACCUUACCAACUCGGUCCUCUCGUCUCUCCCGCUCCCCGACACGCUCGACCCGCAUCGCCCGAUCCCGCUACCGAGCCGCCUCUUCACGCUCUCCCUGCUCGUCCGCGACACCCUCGCGCUCCUCAUCGGCCUUCCCUUCUUCCUCGGCCCGCUGCUACUGCAUGUCCCCGCCUACAUAUUCGCACGCGUCGGCGCGCGUCUCGCCGAGGACGAAGAGGAAACACAGGCACAGAACAAGGUUGUCUUUGGCUUGCUGCUGCUAUUGCUCAUCUACCCGGCUACUUUCUUCUUCUUCUGGGCCUUCCUCUGGUAUACACCGCUUGGCGCGCUGGCUUCGGGAGCGUUGGUUGUUCUCGUCGCCAGCUACCAUAAUAAGCUUGUGAACGACAACUACGAACGCGUGAAACGCCUCGUCGCCGCCUGGCGCAUGCUCGUCGGAGUAUGGCUCCCCAAGAAGUGGGACCUCUCCCUCAAUGCCCUCGCACAGUACACCGUCCCUCGCGUACCCGCUGAGAACGAAUGGGUCGACCGCUCCAAGGUGAAAGCGCUCAAGGUCACCCCGACCGUUGUCACGCAGACCCCCGCGAACGGGACCUCCGCCGACGCGUCCGCUUCCUCGUCCCCGGCCUCGUCCCCCCGCAAGCGCCGUCGUCCGCCUACGCGCAGGCUCAUCCGGCACGUCCUCCGCGCGCGCGUCGAAGCCGCCAAGGCACUCGCCUCGCUGUUCGAGCAGCUCGAGAAGGGCCCUGGCUCGGAGGGCAAGCGCGUCGCCGCGUCUGCACACCUCGCACGCGCGUGCGGCGGCGGCGUCGACCCGCACUCGCGCCCGGACUUGGCUACCUCGGAGGGCGUGGAGACGAUGGCGGAGCCCGUCGGGUGGCGGUACGCGCGCGAGGUCGUGGGGUUCCUGCGGGCGCGCGGCGCGCGGAUCGCGCAGCUCGAGGAGGGCGUGGAGGGCGACUGGGCGGCGCUGAGCAGCGAGGGCGAGCAGGAUAGCGAUGUCGUGACUACCGAUGCGGAGAGGGACGACCUCGUGUUUGUCCCGCCUGGACAGCGGUCGCCCGUGAAGGCGUGAUUGCGGUGCGUCUCGUCCUGUGGGUUUGGUUCUCUGGGAGUCUGGGUUGCACAUGUAUCUACUGCUCUGUCUAUGUUAUCCCAUAUAAUCGCUCAUUAUGUUGAGUCUUCAUGACGAAGGUCUGUUCGGAUGUCCUAUACUGGUGCAGUCGCCCUCUCGCAACGCACACGUUCAGGUCGUGAAAUUCGAGGAUAACCUGCUCCCUAAUGGAGACUCAUGCAUUGA